AUGGGAGCCACACCUACUCUCUCCUCUCUGAAUGAGAAUUCAUUCACCUCCACCAUAGCAGCAUUUGAAUCAAUGCACUUACCUUUGACAACAUCAGUCACUGACUGUGAUCACUUCAGUACAACAUUGGUCAAGAACACUGUUGGGUCGCUCGUACCACAAACCACCUGCGAUGAAUUAAGGGCCACAAAACCAAGCUCUGCCUUGGUACCUUCCUAUGUUGAUUCCUCUGCUUCAAGCAUUGUAGAGGCCUCUUCUGCGUGUGAUCACUAUACGACAGUUACGGAUACUAAUGCCAAUGGUGAAUUAACAUCUCAAACAAGAUGCAUUGAAUACGAUAAUGUAUCUGAAAUCUUCCUUGUAUCGCCCAGUAGUGAUUCUGAUUUCAUGUUGAGUACCAGUAUUUCAUCAGCAAUAUCUAGUUCAUCUAUAUGCGAUCGUUAUUCUACCAUUGUGUAG